UUGUGCAUAACGUAUUGGUAUUGUACUCUUCUCUUAUCAAACAAAGCGUGAGAAGAGUGGAAGCACAAGGAAUACAAGAGCCAUUUUCAGGAACAAGAAGAAGAUGAACGGGCACAGAAGCGAGAGAACCCCUCUCUUGGAAGCUGAGCGCGGUGCCGGAAGGGGAAAGAGAAAUGAGGAUGCUUCUGAAGGUCCAGUCUCAGACCUUGAACACGGUGAUGCCGUACCGGCGGCAAAUGUGGGGUUCGGUAGAGUGCUUUCACUUGCAAAGCCUGAGGCUGGAAAGUUGGUGGUUGCUACGGUGGCUCUGUUGAUUGCAGCCACUUCGAGUAUCUUAGUUCAAAAAUUUGGUGGGAAGAUAAUUGACAUUGUCUCAGGGGAUAUGAGGACCACAGAGCUGAAGCAAGAAGCAUUAAAUGCUGUCAAGAGCACCAUCCUAGAAAUCUUUCUGAUUGUUGUUUUUGGUUCAAUUUGCACAGCACUUCGAGCUUGGCUCUUUAGUUCUGCUAGUGAAAGGGUUGUUGCACGACUCAGAAAGGAUUUGUUCAGUCACCUUGUAAACCAGGAGAUAGCCUUCUUUGAUGUCACUCGAACCGGGGAACUUUUAAGUAGGUUAUCAGAAGAUACACAGAUCAUAAAGAAUGCUGCAACAACCAAUCUUUCUGAGGCUUUGAGAAACUUGUCAACUGCAUUUAUUGGGCUCAGUUUCAUGCUUACAACAUCAUGGAAGUUGACAUUGUUGGCUUUGGCUGUUGUACCUCUUAUUUCUGUUGCUGUUCGACAAUUUGGCCGUUUUCUGCGUGAACUUUCGCAUAAAACACAAGCUGCAGCUGCAGUAGCUUCUUCAAUUGCUGAGGAAUCCUUUGGCGCAAUUAGAACAGUUAGAUCUUUUGCUCAGGAAGAUUAUGAAAUAACACGCUACUCUGAGAAAGUUGAUGAGACACUUAAGCUUGGACUUAAACAAGCUAAAGUUGUGGGACUCUUUUCUGGAGGCCUUAAUGCGGCAUCUACACUAUCAGUUAUUGUAGUUGUUAUAUAUGGAGCAAAUUUAACAAUCAAGGGUGCCAUGUCCUCGGGUGAUCUUACAUCUUUCAUUCUUUAUAGUCUCUCGGUUGGAUCCUCUAUAUCUGGUCUUUCCGGAUUGUAUACAGUAGUUAUGAAAGCCGCAGGUGCGAGCAGAAGGGUAUUUCAAAUUAUGGAUCGUGUCUCAUCCAUGUCUAAGUCAGGAACUAAAUGUCCUCUGGGUGAUCAAGAUGGGGAAGUGGAACUGGAUGAUGUAUGGUUUUCCUACCCAUCUCGCCCAAGUCAUCCAGUGCUCAAGGGCAUUACAAUGAAACUGCACCCUGGCUCAAAGGUUGCUCUUGUUGGUCCUAGUGGUGGUGGAAAGACUACAAUUGCAAACUUAAUUGAAAGAUUUUAUGACCCAACCAAGGGAAAGAUUCUGCUGAAUGGGGUUCCUCUGGCAGAAAUAUCACACAGGCAUUUACACAGAAAGAUCAGUAUCGUGAGCCAAGAGCCUACACUCUUCAACUGUUCCAUAGAGGAGAACAUAGCUUAUGGAUUUGAUGGCAAACUCAACUCUGUUGAUAUAGAAAAUGCAGCUAAAAUGGCCAAUGCGCACGAGUUCAUAUCAAAAUUUCCGGAAAAAUACCAGACUUUUGUUGGAGAGCGUGGGGUAAGGCUUUCUGGAGGGCAGAAACAGAGAAUAGCAAUUGCUAGAGCCCUCCUUAUGGACCCCAAAAUUCUCCUCCUGGACGAAGCCACCAGUGCCUUGGAUGCUGAAAGUGAAUACCUAGUGCAGGAUGCCAUGGAUUCUAUCAUGAAGGGAAGGACAGUUCUAGUCAUUGCUCAUAGGUUAUCAACUGUUAAAACCGCUAAUACUGUCGUGGUUAUUUCUGAUGGCCAAGUAGCUGAGAAGGGCACACAUGAUGAGCUUCUCAGCCAGAAUGGUGUCUAUACUGCAUUGGUCAAGAGACAACUCCAAACAACAAAAGAUGAAAAUCAAGUCAUCUAGUCUCUGUCUUGCAAGUCAUGAAGAACCGUCACAAUGUUCUUGUUGGAAAGACGAGUCUACCCCCAAAGGGGAUUGGGAUAAUCGAUUCUUAGGAGCACAAAACUUCUUCCUAUGUCCCUCUCUACCAUAGUUGCAAGUUGCAACUUCCAUAGUUGCAAGUUGCAACUUUAAGUUGUAGCCAGUCCCUCUAGUCUGAAGUCAAUGUUGCUCCUUUGAUUAAGUAUUCUGUUUUUCAGCACUCUGAAUUGAGUAGUGCCCAAGAUUUUAAAGCUUACAAGUGAUUCUUGAAUUUGGUUUGUCCCCAAAUUUUGUGAAAAUUUGCAGUUGAAAUGAUCUAUACCAUAGCCUCAAGUAUGAGGCUUGCAAACAACUAGUGCUGAUUAAACACAACAUUAUCACAAGAAUAUGGGAUGCAUUUUUCUUUUCUCUCC